AUAAAGCUGAAAGUGUCCGCAGGAACAGAGGAACAGCGCUCGCGGGGACUAACACGCGCAACUAUGGAGUUUGGGAUGUUGACGCUUUUUGCACUUUUCUCCUCGUUACCCGGCGGACUGUCUUUGGUACCUAAAGGCGCGUGCCUUCUUCGCGUGGACGAAGGACCCUGCAGAGGACAAAUCGAACGCUAUUUCUACAACACGAUCACGCAGAAGUGCGAGGUUUUCUACUAUGGAGGCUGUCAUGGCAACGCAAACAACUUCAUGAGUUUCCAAAAGUGUCAGAAAACAUGUUUUAGGAUCCCAAAGGUUCCACAAAUCUGUAGGUUCCCCAAGGAGGAGGGUCACUGCCGGGCCCUCUUUCCCAGCUACUUCUUCAACAUGAGCACCAUGCAGUGUGAACCCUUUUCUUACGGAGGCUGCGGGGGAAACUCCAACCGCUUCAGAGAUCUUACAUCUUGCAUGGAUUUCUGCAGUCCACAAAAAUCUGUUCCCAUACUCUGUCUGGAUCCUCUGGACAAAGGAAAGUGUUCAGCCUCCAUGAGGCGGUUCUACUACAACAAAGCAACCAAGACGUGUGAGGAGUUUGCGUACUCAGGCUGUGGAGGGAGCAGCAACAACUUUGUGUCGCGUGAAAGCUGCGAGGACGUUUGUCUUAAAGGAGCCAAAAAGCACACAGGACUCAAAGGGAGGGAUCGUCUCAUGAAACGGAAUAAAAAGACUCGCUUCAUGGCCUUUCGUGGAUAGAAUGACGUGAAAGUGACGAGUUCUCGCUCCUUCACUGCAUGCGACUGAAGAAUUGAAUUAUUGCUGAAAUGUUGACAAGGUCGUUUAUGACUGUACUGAUGCCUUACUUUUCAUUAAAAGGGAGAUUUUUUUGUGCAUUAUGAGGGAUGUUAGUUCCUGCUAAUCUAAUGUUUUCACUUUUGUUUUUUUAUUCAUAUUUUGUAAAAAAAAAAAAAAGAAAA